AUGAGGGUCCACUUAUAUCUUUUCAUCUUUAUGAUUCAUUUCAGUACAGGCUGUAUUGUUUCAGAUGUGGGGCAGACAAUAAAAAUAACAGGAUACACGGGUGGUUCAGUUGUGCUGCCCUGCUCCUGUGCUGACCCUCAGUCUACAGUCACAACAUUCACCUGGGAGUUUCAGCGGGAAAAUCACUGGAUUCAAGUAUUUCAAGAUGAGAAAUACAACGGCAGACGUGUGCUGUUUAAUGAACAUUCUCCAACAAAUCUGUCUCUCCUCAUUUCUGACCUCAGAAUGAAUGACCAGGGCUACUAUAAAUGUCUGACUAAACCAAAUAGUAUUAUUACAUAUGUUGAUUUAAAUGUUAAAGGGUGUGAUUUGGUUGAGCAUGGAAAGGUAUUUGAAGUGACUGGAUACUCAGGAGAGUCUGUGGUUCUGCCCUGUUUCUGCACUGAACUAUUGGCUAAACCUGAACUGAUGCAAUGGAAUUAUGAAAUUGAAAAUAAUUAUAAAGUAAUCUACCCAAAUGAACAGAGUGAGAAUUACAAGAACAGAGUCAAACUGUUAAAUCCAAACACUCCAGGAGAUCUUUCUCUACACAUAUCAGCACUGAGGACAGAGGACCGAGGGGAAUAUCACUGUUUAGUCUCGCCUCAGCAAGCAGUCAGCUUCAGACUUACUGUACUACAACCUGAAGCUGGCGAGGAAAACGACUCCAUGACGCUUCGACGUCGAAAAAGGUUUGGGCCUCUCAGUGGGACCGCCCCGACCAAGAGGGCCCUGAGACCUCCAGGAGAAGCUCGUCAGGGUCUUCGGAAAGGUCGUCUCGUAGCUGAGUCUCGCUUGCAACGCACAUGA